AUGGUUCCCCGCUGGAUCUAUUUUCAAACCGGUGAGCGAGCCUGGAUGCAUAUAGAUAGAGCUGCUGCUGCUGCACCAUGUCAAGAUUGGAAUUCGACUUGGAAUAUGCAGAGUUGGGAAAUUGACGGUAGCUCUAUCAUAGCUGGUGUCGGGUUGACUGACGUGUUGGGAAAUCAUGGGCAGAUUCCCUGUCGUUUUCUAGUCACUGGCCACUCUAUGUCAAGAACCCCCACGAACCAGCUCUGGUUUUUGAGGCCGAAAACCAGAGGCUUGGUUUAUGCGCGGCAAGCGCCUGGGGAGAAGAAAUCUAUUGUCAAGGCUUUCAACACCAUGAGAGACCGACCGGCCGUCACCAUAAGGACGACGCAGCAAACAAGCGCAAAAUUUGGGCAAGGCACACUCGGAUUCAGCCUUGCCAGCACCGGACGGGAGAAGGCAAACCAGAGCCACAGCCGAGCCAUGAUUCGCGAGGCUGUCACCUGCAUUGUGAAAGAGUGUUCCAGAGCAACCUGCACUGCAGGAACACAAAUGCGUCACUUUCUAGUCGGCAAGUAUCCGGCAAUUCUCUCCUUGUCCAUGUUUUUCACAGAAAGAAGAAAAGCGCCAAUGAAAGCACACUUGCACGUUCUGCGACUUCCCAGUCCAAGGAAUUCAGCCUCAUACGGUCACGUGACCCGUCUUGGAGAGUCGCGUGAGACACUGAGCAUCGUGUGA